AUGGCGAGCCCGCCACUGAACGGGCUCCCCACCCCGGCCGGAGCCUCCGGCGACGGCGGCGGGAGCGCGGGGGGCGGCGGCCCCAACCUCAACAACAACAACAACAACCACAGCGUGCGGAAGUGCGGCUACCUGAGGAAGCAGAAACACGGGCACAAACGGUUCUUCGUGCUCCGCGGCCCCGGGGGCGGUGCGGGCAGCGAGGAGCAAGCGACAGGCAGCGCGGGCGGGGGGCAGCCGCCGCAGCCCCCCCGGCUCGAGUACUACGAGAACGAGAAGAAGUGGAAGAACAAGUCGGGGGCCCCGAAGCGGGUGAUCGCGCUCGACUGCUGCCUCAACAUCAACAAGCGCGCCGACGCCAAGCACAAGUACCUCAUCGCCCUCUACACCAAGGACGAGUACUUCGCGGUGGCAGCCGAGAAUGAGCAGGAGCAAGAGGGCUGGUACCGCGCGCUCACCGACCUGGUCAACGAGGGCCGCGCCGGCGACGCGCCCUCCGCGCGCUGCCCCGCAGCCGCGGCAGCCAGCGCCGCGUCGUGCAGUGCCUCCCUGCCCGGGAGUGGAGCCUUUGGUGGCUCGGCUGGCGCCGCCGAUGACAACUAUGGGCUCAUCGCUCCCGCCACAUCUGUCUACCGCGAGGUCUGGCAGGUGAACCUGAAGCCCAAGGGCCUGGGGCAGAGCAAGAAUCUGACGGGUGUGUAUCGGCUGUGCCUGUCGGCGCGCACCAUCGGUUUCGUGAAGCUCAACUGCGAGCAGCCGUCGGUCACGCUGCAGCUGAUGAACAUCCGCCGCUGCGGCCACUCCGACAGUUUCUUCUUCAUCGAGGUGGGCCGCUCGGCUGUCACGGGUCCCGGCGAGCUAUGGAUGCAGGCUGACGACUCGGUGGUGGCGCAAAACAUCCACGAGACCAUCUUGGAGGCCAUGAAGGCUCUCAAGGAACUCUUCGAGUUUCGACCGCGCAGCAAGAGCCAGUCAUCGGGCUCCUCUUCCACACACCCCAUCAGUGUGCCCGGCGCGCGGCGCCACCACCAGCUGGUCAACCUGCCCCCCAGUCAGACAGGCCUGGUGCGCCGUUCGCGAACCGACAGCCUAGCUGCCACACCGCCAGCCGCGGCCAGCGCCAGCGCUGCUGCGGCAGCCAAAUGCAGCUCCUGCCGGGUGCGCACGGCCAGCGAGGGAGAUGGCAGCUCCGGCGCGGCGGGAGGAGGGGGCUGCAGGCCUGUGUCGGUGGCUGGGAGCCCCAUGAGUCCCGGACCGGUGAGGACGCCUCUGAGCCGCUCGCAUACCCUGAGCAGCGGCUGCAGCGGCCAUCCGAGCAAGAUGAUGCUAGCGCCGGCAGGGGGCGCCCUGCAACACAGUCGCUCCAUGUCCAUGCCGGUGUCCCAUUCUCCCCCGGCAGCCACCAGCCCUAGCAGCCUCUCGUCCAGCAGUGGGCACGGCUCGGGCUCCUACCCGCUGCCCCCAGGCCCACACCCGUACCUGCAGCACCCCCUGCACCAUCACCAGGGCCAGAGGCCCUCCAGUGGCAGUGCCUCUGCCUCAGGCUCCCCCAGCGAUCCUGGUUUCAUAUCCCUGGAUGAGUAUGGUUCCAGUCCUGGCGACUUGAGAGCCUUUUGCAGUCACAGAAGCAACACUCCUGAGUCCAUCGCAGAAACCCCUCCUGCCAGAGAUGGCAGUGGGGCUGAGUUGUAUGGGUAUAUGACCAUGGACAGGCCCUUGAGCCACUGUGGCCGCCCCUACCGCAGAGUCUCAGGGGAUGGGACUCAGGACUUGGACAAAGGGCUGAGGAAGAGGACUUAUUCCCUGACUACACCUGCCCGUCAGCGGGCAGUGCCCCAGCCUUCCUCUGCAUCCCUGGAUGAAUACACUCUGAUGCGGGCCACCUUUUCUGGCAGCUCAGGCCGUCUUUGCCCAUCCUGCCCAGCGUCCUCUCCCAAAGUGGCCUACAAUCCGUAUCCCGAGGACUAUGGAGACGUAGAGAUUGGCUCCCACAGGAGCUCUAACAGUAACCUAGGAGCAGAUGAUGGCUACAUGCCCAUGACCCCUGGUGUGGCCCCACUGAUGGGUGGUGGCAGUGGCAGUUGUAAGAGUGAUGACUACAUGCCCAUGAGCCCCACCAGUGUGUCUGCUCCCAAGCAGAUCUUGCAGCCACGAGUUGCAGCUUCAGCUUUGCCCCCCACAGGAGCUGGGGUGCCAGCAACAAUCUCUGUAUCUGGAAGAGGCUUUCCAGCCAACGGGGGCAGCUACAAGACCAGUUCCCCAGCAGAGAGAUCCCCAGAGGACAAUAGGUAUAUGCGAAUGUGGUGUGGCUCCAAGCUGUCCAUGGAGAAUUCUGAUAGCAAGCUGCUUUCUAAUGGGGACUACCUCAAUAUGUCCCCCAGUGAUGCUGGCACCUCCUGUACCCCACCUGACUUCUUCUCAGCUGCCUUGCACAGUGGUGGAGAAAUACUCAAGGGAGUUCCUGGCUACUGCUACAGCUCUUUGCCUCGCUCUUACAAGGCUCCUUAUACCUGCAAUGGGGACAAUGACCAGUAUGUACUUAUGAGCUCCCCAGUGGGGCGGAUCCUGGAAGAGGAGAGACAAGAGCAGCAGAACAGCCAGCCUCUGGCCACCCCCAUGACCACCCAAUUGGCCAGCGCCUUUGGGGCCACUGGGGGCAGCCACAACCAACCUCACCACCCAGUAGUGCCUUCAGCCAUGAGGCAGAGUGGCAGCAGCAGUGGCAGCAACAGCAGCCGGCCAGAGGGUUUCCUGAACCAACGCUGCCGGGCAGUGCGGCCUACUCGCCUUUCGCUGGAGGGGCUUCAGACUCUGCCUAGCAUGCAUGAGUACCCUUUGCCACCAGAACCCAAGAGCCCAGGAGAAUACAUCAACAUUGACUUUGGUGAGGCGGGAGCCCACCUUUCCCCACCUGCUCCUCCACUGCUGGCCUCUGCUGCGUCAUCCUCCUCGCUGCUGUCAGCCAGUAGCCCAGCCUCCUCACUGGGUUCUGGCACCCCCGGAACUAGUAGCGACAGCCGACAACGUUCCCCUCUCUCAGACUACAUGAACCUUGACUUCAGCUCACCCAAGUCACCCAAGCCAGGUACCCAGAGUGGGGACCCUGUAGGCUCCUUGGAUGCCCUUCUUUCGCCUGAGGCCUCCUCACCCUACCCACCACUGCCCCCGAGACCCUUGGCGUCUCCUUCCUCUUCUUCCUCACAGCAGCAGCAGCCAUCCCUACCGCCACCACCAGGGGAGCUAUACCAGCUGCCUCCAGUAUCAGUUGCUACCACCUCCCAGGGCCCCAGCGCUGCCUCUUCUUCGUCCUCUGAGACUGGGGACAACGGUGACUACACCGAAAUGGCCUUUGGUGUGGCUGCCACCCCACCACAACCCAUUGCGGCACCCCCAAAGCCAGAAAGUGCCCGUGUGACCAGCCCGACGCCUGGUGUGAAGAGGCUGAGUCUCAUGGAUCAGGUGUCCGGCGUUGAAGCCUUUCUGCAGGCUAGCCAACCCCUAGACCCACACCGAGGCGCCAAGGUCAUCCGUGCCGACCCGCAGGGAGGUCGCCGCCGGCACAGCUCGGAGACCUUCUCCUCGACCACCACUGUGACCCCUGUGUCCCCGUCCUUCGCCCAUAAUCCUAAGCGCCACAACUCGGCUUCUGUGGAAAAUGUCUCUCUCAGGAAAACUGGCGAAGGUGGUGGCAGUGGUGUUGGUGUAGGCCUUGGCGGGGGAGAUGAGCCACCCAAAUCUCCCCAUCAGUCACAGCCAGCCCUUCCUGUGCCAUCGCUUCCCCAGCAGUCAAGGCCCUGGACACAAAAUCAGCCUGGGGGGUUGAUAGGUUGCCCUGGGGGCAGUGGUUCUCCAAUGCGUAGGGAGACCUCUGCUGGUUUCCAGAAUGGUCUUAACUACAUCGCCAUUGAUGUGAGGGAGGAGACUGGGCUGUUUCCGCAGCAGCAGCAACAGCAGCAGCAGCUACCACCACCACACCAACAACCAGGAGACAAGAACUCCUGGGGUCGGAACCAUAGCCUCGGUGGUAUCAUCAACGCUGUAGGUGGCAGCAGCACGAGUGGAGUCUGUGGGGGGCCAGGCCCUGGCAACCUACCCUCUGCCAGCACCUACGCCAGCAUUGACUUCUUGUCACAUCACCUGAAGGAGGCUACUGUUGUGAAAGGUGAGGCCAUUUGA